AUGUGGAUGCAGUUGGCUAGUCAGUGGGUAAAUCUCAAUUUCUACAAACAAAAGAAGAAACAAACCUCUAUAGCUGCUCAGCUGAUCUACUUCUUCCCUUUACAGUUCAACAGUUUCUGCAGAAAGAUGUUCCACUCUCCUGAUGACCAAGAGAUUAAUCGUCUCCGUGAAACUCUGCAGCGGCUAGCAGAGGAAUGGCGUUCAUCGAUCAUUGGAUUUUAUUACCAGUCUUCAAUGGUAUCUCGUGAUUUUGGAACUUGGAGAUGGUUUGAAGAGGAAGUUGAUCCUCUUAAAAUUCUGCAGCGGAUUGAAGAUAUAUGGGGUUCAUUCUUUAUGCUUCUAGAGGAACCUGGUCUCCUUCAAACACUGAAGCUGUUAAAAAAGAUAACAUGGACUGACAUCUUCUUAAGUCUUUCCGGUGAAUUUACGACACUGAUGGAGAUCGAAAAAGAAUGGGGUUUGUUGCAUAGAUUUGUAUACGAAUGGCGGGAUAUAAACAAUGUCUUCAAGUUCCUUAUAAUGGAGUUCAAGUUCCUUAAAAGGAAUUUCAAGUUCUCGGAGAGUACUCUCAACUUUCGCAUCUUCAUAAAUGAACUAGCGGAAGCCCGAUCUCUGUUAAAAGAUGCUGUAGCUGAUGUAAGGAAGCUCUUUGUGCCACCAAGGAUGUUUUAUAAUCAACCAAGGCGAUUGGCUCAACAUUUUCACUACAUUUUGCAUAGGUUGCAAAAAAAGAUUUGUAGUACUAGGUCAGGAAUCCGAUCAAAGUACUCCUUCCCUGUAAUGUCAUCCCUACUUUCUGCCAAUAGGGACGUUACUGUUAUUACAUGCUUUGUAUUGGAAUUCAUUGAUACUGCUUCAGAGAAUCUAAGUCAUUUACUUGAUGAUCCAAGGUUACCAACGUGUUUUCGCAGACAGAUUGAAAAGGUUUCAAAGGAGUUGGAGUUCCUUAAAAAUUUUGUCUGCUUUGUUUCAGACAGAUGCAUAGUGACUGUUGACUCUGAGGCUACUAAUUUUGAUCUGCUUGAUCAUAUUCCUCAACUGAUAACACGUGAACAAAACAAUGAGAUUACAGCAAUGCCAGAAGAAGAAAAGAUCAUUGCUGGUGUAGAAAAAGAAAAGAAGAAGAAGAAUGCAGUAUUUGGCUUGAAUGCUAAUAGUAUUCAGAAGUUCUUUCGGGCAACAUGGGACAUCAUUGCGGGGAAAAAAAGUGAAAAAAAUAAAAUAGUGACUCAGAGCCUAAACACUUUCUUCAUCCACGUUUUGGCUGUGGCUGGGCAAACAACAAUGGUUACCUGGUUGCUUUUACCAUGCCGUGCCUACAGAAAUGAAUACUUGCCAAAAAAUAUCGAUGCUUUGCUUUCUGAUCUGCAAAAGAGGAUUCAGCCCAUUGAGCCGUGCGUCUGUGAGAUGUAUACGAGUCUCCUGCAAGCUUUAAAGUUAGCACAAUCACCGUGGUAUCCCGUUAUCCGAAUUGAUUACGUAGUACAUUGUCAGGUUGGAUUUCUGGAGGUGCUCCUACACAGUUUGGAAGUUCUAUCUAGUAAUUCCACAGCAAAAAAGGCAAACCUUGAGGAGAAUCUCAACUUCUGGAAAGCCAAUCUCAACAAUUUACCAAUAGAGGCCCUUGAACUUCAUCUUCAAGAUAUGGACUCGGUGCUUGUUGAUGCAGGACUUCUGGUUUACUCAUUGAAUGAAAUGGAGGGCCAAAUAUCAGUUCUUGAUUUCCCAGGCAAAAUUCAGAGAAUGAAAGCAAUGAUCUACCUCACCACUCGAAAGAGAUUUCUCCUUCGAUUUAACUUACCUGCCAUUAAUGGACUGGCCUCUGUUGAUUUCAUUGUAGACAACCUGAUGGAGCGCCUAUGCCACUUUUCAGAUUUAACUGUCUCCGUAGAGAUGCAGCUUCGGACAAUUCAGAAGGAAAUCGAUGUCCUCCGAGCUGUUGUCGAACUGCAUGAUAAAUUUCAACCUUUUGCAAUGCGGGUGAUUGGUUUGGCAAAUGAGGUAAAAUAUAUGCUUGAUUUUUGUAAAGAAAUAGAUGUUCCUGACUGGUGUCUUCCCCUCUGGAUCUUGCACAUUGUAGAGGAUAUUAAGCUACUCAUGAUAGAGGUAGAAGAGAUGCAAGAAAAGAAAGUGUCUGACCCAGUAUUGCAUAAUACUCCAGAUUCUGCCUGUGCAAGUGUUUCUUCACACUUUGCUAGUAAUCCAAGCAUCAAAGAAGAAAUUGUAGGCUUUGAGGAAAUGGAGGACCAAGUACCAGUUCUUGAUUUCCCAGGCAAAAGUCAGAUAAUGAAAGCAAUGAUCUACCUCGCCACUCGAAAGAGAUUUCUCCUUCAGUUUAACUUACCUGCCAUUAAUGGACUGGCCUCUGUUGAUUUCAUUGUAGACAACCUGAUGGAGCGCCUAUGCCACUUUUCAGACUUAACUGUCUCCGUUGAGAUGCAGCUUCAGACAAUUCAGAAGGAAAUCGAUGGCCUCCGAGCUGUGGUCGAACUGCAUGAUAAAUUUCAACCUUUUACAACGCGGGUGAUUGGUUUGGCAAAUGAGGUAAAAUAUAUGCUUGAUUUUUGUAAAGAAAUAGAUGUUCCUGACUGGUGUCUUCCCCUCUGGAUCUUGCACAUUGUAGAGGAUAUUAAGCUACUCAUGAUAGAGGUGGAAGAGAUGCAAGAAAAGAGAGUGUCUGACCCAGUAUUGCAUAAUACUGCAGAUUCUGCCAGUGCAAGUGUUUCUUCACACUUUGCUAGUAAUCCAAGCAUCAAUGAAGAAAUUGUAGGCUUUGAAGAUGUGACAGUCGAACUGAUACACGAACUAAUUGAUGGAUCAUCAGAACUUGAUGUAAUCUCAAUUGUUGGAAUGGCUGGAUUAGGCAAGACAACUCUGGCAAACAGAAUAUAUGUUGAUGAGUUAGUUGUCUCUUCUUUUGAUAUCCAUGCCAAAUGUUGUGUCUCUCAAGAAUAUACACGAAAGGACUUGCUACUAGCCAUUCUACGUGAUAUUACUGAUGAGACAGCUAAAUUUGAUAAAGAGGCUGACAAUGAACUAGCAGAUAAGCUGCGCAAACUUUUAAUGCGCAAGAGAUACCUUGUCCUCAUUGAUGAUAUCUGGGAAACUAGUUCUUGGGAUGAUCUUAAGUUGUGCUUCCCUGAAGAUAACAAUAGAAGUAGAAUUAUUCUGACAACUCGGCAUUAUGAAGUUGCCUCUCAUGCUAAACUCGUUAGCGAUCCCCAUAAGCUUCGAUUUUUUAGUAGUGAUGAAAGUUGGACCUUAUUAAGCAAUAAGGUGUUCAAUAAAGAAAGUUGUCCUCUUGUCUUAAAAGAUAUUGGAGAGGAAAUAGCAAAGAGAUGUGGAGGGCUUCCUCUUCCAAUUGUUCUAGUAGCAGGUAUCCUCAAAGUAAUGAAGAAGGAAAAACGUCAUUGGGAACAAGUGGCAACAUAUUUAGGUGAAAGUAUUCAUGUUCUAUCAGAGGACACGCUGGAUCUCAGUUAUCAGAAUUUACCAGAUUAUUUGAAAGACUGCUUUCUGUAUUUGGGAGUAUUUCCAGAGGACAGAGAGAUUCAAGUUUCACAGUUAACUUGGUUGUGGGUAGCCGAAGGUAUCGUAGUAUCUCACACAGAGAAGCUUUUGGAGGAUACAGCGGAAGAUUACUUGGAGAAUCUCAUUGGGAGAAACCUUGUGAUGGUUGCUAAAGGAAGUUCUGACGGACGAAUCAAGGCAUGUCGCAUUCAUGAUCUGGUGCUAGAAUUUUGCAAGAAGAAAGCCAAGUUGAACAACUUCUUAGAAAGGAUAAAAGGGGACAGAGGUUUGGAUCCUUUGCACGUUUUCUCUUCAAAUUGCAAGACUCCAGAACGUUUAUCCCUUUAUUCUCGGUGCGAUUACCUUGAAAAAUGGUGUUGGUCUUUCUCAGAUCUAAAAUAUUUCCAAUUUAGGGAAGCUAGAAAAUUGGCUUUCUCCUCAAUAGAUUGUGCAUCAUACACCUUUAAAAGGUUCAAGUUUCUGAGGGUGUUAGACGUUGAAUUCACAGUAAUUGAUUCCUUCCCUCAAGAAUUAACCCUUUUGAGAUAUCUUGCUUUUAGGACAGCCAAAGACACAUUACCACUCCCGGCCAAUCUUAGGAACCUUGAAACUUUGAUAGUUCAAGGAAUUAGAGUACAAGUAUCAGUACCUGAUACCAUCUGGAAGAUGGUUAAGCUGCGACAUCUACACAUAUACCAUAAAGCAUCUUUCACUUUGGAUGGUGGAGAAGAAGUUUUAGCAAGCCCCUCAAAAAUGGAUGAUUUGCAAACUCUUUCCUCGGCAUAUUUUUCUUGCGUAGACAUUGCUGAUAAGGUCUUGGCAAAGAUGCCAAAUCUUCGAAAGCUGAGAUGUGAAGUUUUGAAAUUUGAUGGAGCGUUCCCGGCAUUUAACAAUCUUACCAAGCUAGAAAUGCUCAAGAUUACUUCUGGUCCUACAUUUACCAUGACCAAUCAGUUGAAGCUCCCAUCAGAUCUCAAGAAAUUGACACUGUCCAAUUUUCAUAUACAUCUUAAUGAAGUUACAGCCCUUUCAAAUCUUGAGGUACUCAAACUUCUAGGAGUUACCAUUAGUUCCAAUAUAUGGAAAGUGAACGAUGAGCAGUUCGGCAAACUCAAAUUCUUGAAAAUAGAAAAUCCUUCUUUUUCAGAAUGGGACAUCUCAGAUGAUGCCUUUCCAUGCCUUGAACACUUAGUAUUGAAAAGAUGCAGAUAUCUUAAGGUGAUCCCUUCUUGCUUCAGAUACAUGCCGUCUCUAAAGUCUAUUGAGGUAAAGUCAUGCAAGGAAUCACUCGCUGAGUCAGCCAUGGUCAUCAAGGAAAUGCAAGUUGAAGAGAUGGGACAUACUGGUUUCGAGGUCUUCAUCCACAAGUAGAUUAACGAUGCUCCAACACUCCGUUUCAAAUUGGUUAUCAGGUAUGUUUCUGAUUCAAUCUGAAGCAGUUGGGAAGACCAAGUAGCUUAUAUAAGAUGUAUGAUAUAUUAGUUGAAUUACUAGUGCUAUCAGUUAUGGUAUUCUGCAAGUGUUUUUACAGCUUUCUUUACUUCUAUGGAUUGAGAUUGUGUAAAUGGUUAAUAGAUAUAUUGUAAAAGCAUGGUGUUUACAUCUGUCAAUAUCAAGGUCUUUGACAUGA